AUGUCCACCGCGUCCGCGUCGUCCUCGCGCUCAGCCGCGCGGCGUCUCAUAAAAGAGCUGGACACGUGGCGGGCAGAGGCGCAGGACGAGAAGGGCAUCGAGCGGCUCGGCCCCGUGGGCGAGGAGGACCUGCUGGUGUGGGAGGCCGUGUUCAACGGCCGAGGCAUUGAUGGCGGGUAUGAAGAAGGCCGCUGGCUCCUCUCGAUCAAGAUCCCGCCCAACUACCCGCUGUCCCCGCCGGCGGUGCGCUUCGUCACGCCCAUAGUGCACCCAAACAUCAACCUCGACACGGGCGAGAUCUGCCUGGACCUGCUGGCCGACGCGUGGACGCCCGCCUACAGCGUGCUCGAGACGGUCCGCGCUGUCCGCGAGGGCCUGCUGCCCCACCCGGAGGUCGACUCCCCGCUCAACGUCGACUGCGCCGCCCUGCUCCGCGACGGGGACGCCGUCGGCGCCCGGAGGCUGGUGGAGCUGUGGUGUUCCUCCCGCGAGGGGAGGUACGACGGCGCAUGA